CGCCAGAUCACCGCCGCGCCGCGCAUUCCCCUUGUUUCAAGCAAUGCUAAGUCAGUAGGCAGCCAGACGCCAUCCACGACACAUCACGCUGUCCGACUACAGUCAACGUGCUUGAGGGUGCUGCAGGGUCAGGGAGACACCCAUCUCGCAGGAAACCCACCCCAAGCCACACGAGACCUAUCAGCGAGUACUCAGCGAGAUGGCUUCUGAAGAGGUGACAUGGGGUGAGGAGGGAUAUGAUGGUGCAGGUGAUCCUCAGAUCGAGCAUAGCGAAGAACAAGUCGAAGACUCCGCGCAAGACUCCCACGUGCCAGAUGAUGCGGCCGAAGAUGGGGAAGACCAAGAGGACGACGCGGACGAUGGCGGGGACUACGAUCCAGAGUCCAUUGCAUUCGAAACGAACGCCGAACCAGACAAGGCCGCUUCUGCAACACCAUCACAACGACCGGCAGCGUCCAAACCCAAGAUGGCGGGCGGCUUUCUGGUCGAGGUCUCCGAUGAUGAUGAUGAUGACGACGACGACAAUAAUGCUCAGGAAGGCGUAUCGACCCCCGACCAUGGAGCUGCCGGGAAUAGUUCGAUCAAAAAUGGCGCAUCCCCGGCACCCGCGAGCGGCGGCCCAUCCCAUCCACCUGGCAUGGCCAGCCUUGACCCUGGCGCGCUUCUCGAAGCUCGCAUUAAAGAGGACCCGCGUGGAGACAUGGAUGCUUGGCUGAACCUCAUAGCCGAUCACAAGCGCAGAGGCCGGUUAGAUAACCUUCGAAGCACAUAUGGCAGGUUCCUGGAUGUGUUUCCCCAGGCUGCCGACAUUUGGGUGGAGUGGAUUGAGAUGGAGCUCGGCCACGACAAUUUCAUGGAAGCAGAACGGUUGUUCGGAAAGAGUCUCAUGACCGUGCUGAACGUCAAGCUGUGGACGCUGUACCUCAACUACAUUAGGCGCCGCAAUGACCUCACCAAUGAUCCCACCGGCCAGGCCCGCCGUACCGUUGCUCAGUCGUACGACUUUGUCAUUGACAACAUUGGAUGCGACCGUGACUCUGGUAACAUCUGGCAAGACUAUGUCAAUUUUGUCAAGAGCGGGCCCGGUCAGGUCGGUGGCACUGGGUGGCAGGAUCAGCAGAAGAUGGACCAACUUCGAAAGGCCUACCAGCGCGCUAUCAACGUGCCCAUGUUGACAGUCAACAACUUGUGGAAGGAGUAUGAUCAGUUUGAGAUGGGUCUUAAUAAAGUUACGGGGCGCAAGUUUAUCCAGGAACGCUCGCCAGGAUACAUGUCCGCAAAGAGCGCCAAUAUUGCCCUGGACAACAUGAUGCGCACUCUGAAGCGCACGAAUCUGCCACGACUCCCUCCAGCGCCUGGAUUCGACGGGGACGAAGACUUCAGGACCCAGGUCGAAAUGUGGAAGAAGUGGAUAGCGUGGGAGAAGGACGACCCCCUGGUCCUCAAAGAUGAUGAACCCCCGGCUUUCAGACAAAGGGUGCUCUACUGCUAUAAACAAGCUCUGAUGGCUCUCCGAUUCUGGCCUGAAAUCUGGGUUGACGCAGCCGCCUGGUGCCUGGAAAACGACGUGCGGGACAACGACGGAAAACCAGUAGGCACUGAGCUGCUGCUACAGGGCAUUGCGGCCAACCCCGAGAGCGUUCUUCUGGCGUUGAAACAUGCGGACCAUAUCGAGAAGAAUUACCCCGAGAAAGAAGGGGACCGGUCAGAGUACGCCAAGGCAGUGCGGCAGCCUUUUGACACAGUCCUCGACACGCUCUACAAGAUGGGCGACAAGGUCAAGGAGCGUGAGAAGUUUGAGGUCAGCACGCUUAAGCAGGCAGCCUUGUCGGAACCGCCGGUGCAUGAAUCUAUCGAGGAUGACGAGGAUGAUGACGAGGAGGCGAAGAAGCCCAAGUUGUCACCAACGGAGCAACGCAUUCUGGCUAUUCAAAACGCAUACGCGGCCGAGUCCCAACUGCUUUCUCGCACCAUCUCUUACGUCUGGAUCGCCAUGGCCCGUGCCAUGCGUCGCAUUCAAGGCAAAGGCAACCAGACCGAAGGCGGCCUGCGCAAGGUAUUUACUGACGCCCGGCAGAAGGGCCGUCUCACCAGUGACGUCUAUGUUGCGGUUGCCCUGCUUGAAUCUGUCGUGUACAAGGACCCUGUCGGUGCCAAGAUUUUCGAGCGUGGCUCCCGUCUUUUCCCGAAUGAUGAGAACUUCAUGAUUGAAUACAUCAAGUACCUCCACGCAAGAGACGACACAACGAAUGCGCGUGUCGUCUUUGAAACUUGCGCCAACCGUCUGGUAUCGAAACCGGAGACGCUCGCCAAGGCGAAGGCUCUGUACGCUUACUUUCACAAAUACGAGUCCCAGUACGGCGAACUCUCGCAGAUCUCCAAGCUCGAAGAGAGGAUGGCCGAACUCUUUCCUGAGGACCCCAAGCUGAGCUAUUUUACUGCCCGAUACUCGUCUGACAAGUUCGAUCCCAUUGCGGCGCCGAUCAUCAUCUCCAAGGCGGUGCAAAUGCGCCCCAAGCAGAUCGUUCCCAUCAUCGAGCGCCCGCCCUCGGUUCGCAACAGUGUCGCACCCGUUCGACAGGAACAGAGCCCUCGGCCGCAGUAUGUACGAGCGACGGCGUCGCCGAAGCGACCCUUUGGGAUUGACGAAGAAGAGCUUAACCCUCCCAAGCGGCUUGCUAGAGGCGUGUCUCCGCUCAAGGGUGCUGCAGGCAGACGCCUUGACCAGCAGCGCCGCAACCAGACGUCUGCUCUCCACCGAGACAUUACGUUCCUGCUGGGCAUCAUGCCACCAGCCCACAGCUACGAUGCGCCGCGACUAAACGCGACAGCCAUGGUGUCGCUGCUCCGCGACACGCAGCUGCCGGACUACAGCACCUGGCGGGCCAAAACCGGUGGGCAAUAUCGACCGUUGCCCCAGGGUCACGCGAGGCAGACUUCGGGAGAUUACGGCAACAGGCCUCUAAGCCCGUAUGGACGCGUCGCGUCUACCGCCGGUGGCUACCGCAACUCACCCCUUAGGACGGAGAGUGGAGGGGCGUUCGCCACAAACCCGUACGCGCCUCCUGACGGCGGAGCGCCGGCGGUGGCCUGGCCGCCGGCGGCAGGAGGCUAUGGCGCGCCCGCGGGACAAUACGGCGGUGGCUAUCGUUUUCAGUGAGUGGCAGAUGUUUCAUGGGUUGGGGAGGCUCUAGUGGCUUUUGCAUGUCAAGCAUCUCGCAAGGCGUUUGGUAGAUGAAGGGGGCCCGGAUCUAGGCUGGCUGCCACACUGUAUUUUACUUGGCCUCUGCCGAUGAAGUAGCAGCCGCAUCACUACGAACUGCG